AUUUUAAUAGAGGCUCAUAACAGCGCAAGGACGAAAUGCAGGGCAGCUGCGACAGCAUAAUAUGAAUUGAACUCAAUUGCAAAAUGAAUGACAUGCCCACAAAGAUGCAUCACAUCGCACUCCGAUCCACGUUCUCUUCCGCCCUCGUUUUGAGGAUCGGUCCUUCUGCCAAUCACGGUUGACAAGGCUUGGAUAUUCAAGCUAGACUAUUUACAGGCUAGUGCAAGAUCUUGCCCUCACUUCGCAGCUGCGACAUCAAUCCAUUACUUUGCACUUUUACAGCCUCGCAAUCUCAACACUGUCGACAGAUCAGCUGCAAUCCGAUCUGUCAAAAUGGCCAAACCAUUGUGGAAGGGCAAUCAUCCCGUCGGACAAAUCAACCCACAACGACCUCUCUACCGGUUCGCAGCAACUGGCCUCGGAGCAGCUAUGUGGUUCUUCCUGUUCUAUAGAAUGAAGAAGGACGGUCCAGCGUUAUUGGGCUUGAGGCAUCCUUGGGACCACUGAUCAACUCACUAAACGCAAACGAUCAUCACGAACCACGGUGCAACACCACUUGUACAUACAUGCGAUCAACUUAGAUGGGCGUUCCGGGAGGAAGACUCCUUUCGCGCGGUGAAUGGGCAUC